AUGGCGGGCUCCAACCCACGAUCUACUAACGCAUGUGAAACAUGUCGAAGACGCAAAGUAAAAUGUUCCGGUGAGAAGCCUUGUCGCGCUUGUAUCAAACACCAUUGGGAAUGCACUUUCGGACACUCCGGUCGCAGACGGUUUUCUGAAGCCCAAGUGAAACAUUUAUUGGAAAAGAUUCAAGUCUACGAAGAGCAGCUCAGUUCCAAGUCUGUAGGGGCCGGGGGCUCUUCAUUGUCGUCUCCUGCAGCACCAGGUGCGACCUCAGGCCGUCAACCCGCGCAACAAAGUUCUUCGACGACUGGGAGUCAAGAGCGCCCCAAUCAGAGGCAGGAUGAACUACUAUAUCCUGAUAGUGAUGCUGCUAUAAGUCCUGCAACGGACCUGACCUCAGGGCCUGCAUUCGAGUCUCAAGUCAGGUCGCUUCUUGACAGGUCACAUUCGAGUGACUACAACUUCCAUGAAUCUACUUCAAAUUUUCAAUAUCAAAUUGAUCGAUUACCUCAGUGGAAGUCGGUCAAAGAGCUCGUGGGCAAUGUUGCCGGAGUUUCUUUCCCAUCUUUGGAGGAAUCACAGCACUUGCUUGAUCAAUUCCUCUUUUAUCUUGGCGUGAGCCAGCACUUUUUCGAUCCACGAUCUUUCUCCGACGAUCUUAUGUUGCUAUUUCAGACCCCAGAGACAAGGCAACGACAGAUAAGUUCUCCUUGGUUUACAGAAUAUCUUUUGGUCAUGGCCAUGGCAAAACUCAUGGAUGUAAAACAUCCGACAUCGCAGACACCUGGAGCGGACUUGUUCGCUGAAGCUUUGAAGCGUCUUCCUCCGAUGCAUCAUAUGGGUGGGGAAGGUGUUGUCGCUGUCGAGAUCCUGACACUGAUUGCAACAUAUCUGCAGUGGUGUGACCGUAAGCAUGAUGCAUAUCUCUAUAUUGGACUCGCACUGCGACUGGCUAUUGCUCUUGGUUGCAACCUACGGGAGAUUGACCAACGCUGCCUUCCUUCCCAGAGUGCCCACAGAUUAAGACUGUGGUGGACAGUAUAUAUGCUCGACAGGCGCCUCUCCUCGGGCCUUGGAUUGGCCGCAGGGGCCGAUGAACGACAACUACAAACUGAACUCCCGCGGAACGCCAUGGGGUUCCAGUCACCAAUUGCCCUUGCCAUAAAUGUCCGUAUCGCACGUGUCACCGAUGAUAUAAUGUCAAGUCUUUAUGGAAACAAGUCGAUCACGCAACUGGAACUGGUCCAAAAAAUCCAACAAAUUCUCCAAGAACUGCAUGACACAGGUCGAUCAUUUCCCAAAUCCUUAAUGUUGGAUUUCAAUCGACCUUUAAAAUUGGUGACUCGCACAGGUGCAUCAUUAUACCUAAUGCUUUUUCAGGCUAUUAUCCUAUGUACACGGCCAAUAUUACUCCAAAGAGCCCGGUUCAAAGCUCAGAGCCAGCAACAGCCGCAGUCACCCAAUCCAGCCCCGAGUAUGCUGCUGCGUCUCUGUGAUACAUGUGAUGAGGCAGCCACCAGAAGUCUCGCAAUUCUUGAAUCGCUUCGUCAACAGCAAACUAUCCCCCGGUAUGGCUUUUUUGAUCUGGACGCUACAUUCUCCGCGGCAUUUGUUCUGGUCAUGGUAGGCUUCCUGAACAAACCACAAGGCCAGCCACCUCCAGCGCUUGAUCAAGCAUCAAAAGUACUCCAGUUUCUAUCCCAUUCUGGCAACUUGGCUGCCGAGCGAUGCAUACAGGACAUUGCACAAUCUUAUUCCCACGUUUGGCCGAAUCAUAUUUUCAAUGCAAAUACUCCAAGCAGCGAUGCAGGCUCCCAUGAUAAGCCCCGGACACUCGAACCAAGCCUAGCUCCGAGACACGAUGUGUUGACCUCCUCCGAUUCUCCCCCAUAUAUGGCUGUGGCCUCAAGCACUCGGGGUGACCAUCAAGACGAGAUCAGAUUACUUGAGCCAUGGUCUAACAUGGAUGUACCAGACGCAAUGUUUGAUAUGCAGGGAGACUGGGAUCUAGAUCUUUCCGGGGACGCAGAAGGGAUUUAUUCGAGUUUUCACAAUCCGACAUUGCCACUGACCGGGGUUGACUAUAUCGACUGGUUGGAGAUCGAGAAAGUAUUUAACGGUCCAUAA